CUUUAUGAGUAACACACUGGGAGUCGACCCGCGGAGUCGUUUUAGUGAUCGGAAGUAACGGUCGUGUUUGUUUCUGAGUUUUGGGAGCGUAUGGAUGGCAACAGGGUGAGCACAAUGUCCGAGUGGCUAAAAUCUGAUGUUUUCAUCAUAUUUGUGGUGGUCCUGCUGAUCACGGUUAUUGCCAUAGUUGCUGUCUGCUGCUGCUUAAGGCGCCGUCGAAGAUCCAUUAAAACAAAGAAAAUGGCAGUAAUUGAGAUCACUCCUUUAGAUUGUCCAGGAAGGAGCAAUACAAUCAGAUUCACCUUGAAGAUCAUUACGGAGCAAAAACAUGCCUCGGAGAUCGUUCAGAUGUUAACAGGCCAAAUUCCUACCACUGGCGGUCGUGUGUGCUCCACUGACCUUGGUAUCUCUGUUAGAGUGGACGAGGUUUCCUCUAAUUCUCAAACUCAGGUAUCUUCCAGUCAUACAGACAGUGCACUUCUCACUGAACAGCAAGCCGUCUCACUGGAUUUACAAACUACCAAUCUCAGUGAACAGCAUGCCGUCUCACUGGAAUUACAAACUACCAAUCUCACUGAACAGCAGGGCACCUCACUGGAAUUACAAACUACCAGUCUCACUGAACAGCAGGGCACCUCACUGGAAUUACAAACUACCAGUCUCACUGAACAGCAGGGUACCUCACUGGAAUUACAAACUACCAAUCUCAAUGAACAGCAGGCCGUCUCACUGGAAUUACAAACUACCAAUCUCACUGAACAGCAGGCCGUCUCACUGGAAUUACACACUACCAAUCUCACUGAACAGCAGGGCACCUCACUGGAAUUACAAACCACCAGUCUCACUGAACAGCAGGGCACCUCACUGGAAUUACAAACUACCAAUCUCAAUGAACAGCGGGCCGUCUCACUGGAAUUACAAACUACCAAUCUCACUGAACAGCAGGGCACCUCACUGGAUUUACAAACUACCAAUCCCAAUGAACUGCUGGUGACUGCUACAGUUCAUCCAAUUAGGGUUGAGGAUGAUGAUGAAAAUGAUAUGAGUGUUGAAGGAACACAGUAGUACUAUCCUGCCUUAUCUGGGUUAAUGAUGAACAUAAAUGUUGUUUGAUGUUUUAUGUAUGCUGUGUAAAUCAUCCUGUUUUGCGUUGUUGUUCUUCAGUGGUUCCUGUUUAAUGGUCUCUUUUUGAAUAGUAGUCUGUUUUUUUCCCAAAUACCUAUAACCAUUUAAAAUGUUAUUUCACAAAACGCCUUUGUUGCUAACUUGAGUUUACCAUUAAAGCAUCUCCAAAUGUCACCGACUUUAUUUUUUGUUCAUUUUCUAUAACAUGCUCUGACAUUUUAAUGCAUUUUUUCAAUAUUAAGACAUCUCUUCUUCAUUUCUAUUUAAUUACAUAUGUUUAAUAAUAUGUAAUUAUUUUAAGUUUAAUUCAUGGAAAGCUUUGUUUAACUUUUAUAGAAGGCAGUGGCGGACAGAGUAUUUCACAUCCAGAACAUCAAUGGAGUCAAUCCACCCCUUAAUACUAUCAUUAUUGAAGUAACACCGAUAGAAACCAGUAUUAUAUAAAAACGCAGUGUAACAGAACACUGCACCAUAGACAGGUAUUUCAAACAGCAAUACUGAAUGCCAUUACUAAAGCAAGAAACACAAUGAAUAAAAUUCCAUGAUCUGAUUCCAUGGAUCUUUUCACUGCAGCCACAACUGCACUGCACAUAUACAUCAUCUCUAGCAGCUUGAUAUUAACCUCUUAAAAUUACCACAGGUUUUUCCUGCAUUUUUGUGCAUUUUUCACUGUAUUACAGUUUUCCUGGAAAUUUUAAAUAAAGGCACAUUGUGUGAUUUUUUUUUUUUUUUGUGCUUAUUUUAUGGUUCAUGAAAAGCUCAACAACUGUUUUGAACUGUUUUGGCGACCUUUACUUAUGAUGUUCAGCUUUUUUUUUGCAAAGUCCGUCUUGUAAAUGAGCGACCAAAUAAAUUUCUUCUUCUUUUCAACCAUUGUGGAAAUAAAUUCACACCAAUAUAUUUGAGCUUGUGCAGUUUCCUACAUAUCUGAUUGGUGAGCUCUAACUAGUGCUCUGAACAUCCAAUCAAAGAACAAGUUAUGUUUCCAUACAAAACUAUAUUUUUGUUUUUAUUUGAAACAUAACUGGUGAAACAGAUUGACAGAUGAUUACGUAUUAUAACUAAUAAUUUAACAGUAAAAACACUGAAAAAAGAACGGGAAUAAGAGUGUUUCAGUGACCACAGGUACUGCAUAGAUCUUGUGUAGUCUUUGUCUUGCACUGUUUGCACUCGGUUCCCACGAUGAAAAUUAUGUGAUGAGGACACUUACUUUAGUCUUUAGCUCUGUGUUCUGUUAUGUAGCUCGUAAAUCACAGUAAAAAAAAUCCUUUCAUGAUGUGAGAUUUCUACCCAAAGUACAUACAUGAAGUGUAACUCCAUCUUAAACCAGGUGCUGGUUCUGAUAUGUUAAGCUCAUCACAGUUGUCUUGUAGACUUCAUCCCUCAGCCUGAGAAUCUCUGUGAGCUCUGAAACUUUCUGUUUAAGAGUCUCCAGCUCUCUGUGCUUCUCCUCCAUCUGUCUGCUGCACUCUUCCUCCA